UCUAAUUUAAGUUUUCAUUUGCAAAGAAGAUAGGAAUAAAAGUUCUAAUUCUUGAUACUAUCUCCUCAGGAUAAAGACUUCUGGGAAAAUUGAGUACCUGUUUUGAAUUAAUUAUGCUGGUAUCCAACAAUACGUAUGUAGCCCCCCAAUAUUUUAUUCUCAAUGGAAUUCCUGGUCUGGAGAGAGUACAUGUGUGGAUCUCCCUCCCACUCUGCAUGAUGUAUAUCAUCUCCCUCGUGGGAAACCUUGGCCUUGUGUAUCUCAUUUUUUGUGAAGAGUCUUUGCAUCGUCCAAUGUAUUUCUUUUUGGCCAUGCUCUCCCUCAUUGACCUCCUUACCUGCACCACCACUCUACCCAAGGCACUCUGCAUCUUCUGGUUCAAUCUCAAGGAGAUUAACUUCCAUGCUUGCUUAGUACAGAUGUUCUUUGUCCAUGGGUUCACAGGUGUGGAGUCUGGCGUGCUCAUGCUCAUGGCCCUGGAUCGCUAUGUGGCCAUUUGCUACCCACUGCGUUAUGCUGCCAUACUGACUAACCCUAUCAUUGUCAAGGCUGGGCUUGCCACCUUCUUGAGGGGUGUGUUGCUGAUGAUGCCUUUCCCAUUCUUGGUCAAACGUCUGCCAUUCUGCCAAAGCAAUAUCAUCUCCCAUACCUAUUGUGACCACAUGUCUGUGGUAAAGUUAUCCUGUGCUAGCAUCAAAGUCAAUAUCAUCUAUGGUCUGAUGGUUGCCCUCCUGAUUGGUGUUUAUAUGCAUUGUUGUUCUUUUGUUUCUUUGGCGGUUGUUUCUUUACUUCAAGCUAUGCUUGAACUUUAGAAUAUUAACGGUUUUGUUGUUCAUAAUGAGGAUUUAGCUGCACUCUACUUGCCACCUGCCUUCUCCACAAUCCCCACACGCACACAUACA